AUGGUGAAAACUUCGUUUCCCGGAGCUUCUCGCAGGACAGUUGCUUUGGCCCUGAACCUUUUGGCUGGGUUGAGCUUAGGAGAUGAUUUCUCUUUGAGGUCCGCCCUUCCUCCAUCAAUCCGUGGUCUCACUUCAGUGACCGAAGAACCUUCCGUCAACACCUGGAUCAUACCUCUGUCCGGUCCCGGAAAUGAUAUCUCCUCCGCAUGGGGUGCCAAUGUCACGACAAACAGCAAUUCGUCCCCGAGGCUGAUUCCUCCCACCAUAAGCAAUGACACACAAAAUGGUGUCCGCAGCAGUUUAUUCGGAUAUACUGCUACUUUUAUCAACGCAGAGUCGCCGGCGAGUAGUCACAGCAAUAAAUUUCUUGAAGUGAACCUCGCGGACACCAAAGAACCACAGCUGGUUCUGGGCCAGAAUUCUCUGCUCGGUUCCUCAGAUUCAACAAAAGAAUUGCCCACAGUGCCCUUUGGUCUUAAUAUUGGAUUUGCGGGAGAGUGGAAUGGAUCACUUUCAUUCGGUGGGAUUUAUGACGCGAACCGGAUUUAUGGACAAACCGGAUGGGAGUCGAUUCCCGAAGCCAACGAUACUAAGAGCACAUUCCUGACCACAGGAAACCUAGCAGUUGACUCCGUCACUGUUCGAUCCUGGCAAUACAAUGGCGACGAAGGUGACUCAGGGUCGUCUGCAUGGUACACCUAUCCGUACAGCGACUCAACGGCAGACAAUAUCCAAUACACCGUGCCCGGGGUCCUGAAUUUUUCCAGCCCAUCUGUGGUUCUACCUGGCAAGGAAUUAUGUGGGAAGAACCUCACCCUAGAGUUCAAUACCAACAGCAAUAUGUGGCAAUAUACUUCAUUUGUCAUUCCAAUCUUUGCCGACUUGACUGCAUCAUCAAGCCGUUGCUCGGUGAAUGAAGACAUUGGGAAUACCGACUCGCCUCCCAUGGUCCUGGGAAUACCAUUUUUUCAAGCGACUUACAUUUACGUUGACUCCAAUACCAAAAUAUGGUUUUCAUCUGUGAAUGAAUGGAAUAUGGCUUUCGACCCAAAGCCGUUCAACGCAAACGGUGAACUGACCAAUCCAAAAAUUCCUGCCAGUGCCACUCAAGCUGCAAAAACACCCACUUCGACUGCAAAUGGAGGUGGGAAAGUUUAUUCUACGGGUGAUUUCGUGGCAAUUGUAACGAUGGGGCUGAGCUUAUUGCUUCUAUAA